AUGUUUAUUGAUAGAAAAAUCAAAGUCUCACUAACAAGCCAUACUGCAAAAUUAUUCUAUCGUGAUAUUCUCAUCAAAGGGAGCAUUAAUAAGAAUGUUACCAAUACUUCUAAAAAAGGUAGCUUGGAUAUAAAGUACCCUUUUUCUAUAAGUUAUGACCAGAGAGAAGAAGGUUUGAAAUUAUAUUAUAAAGGGUUAGAUACUAUUUCAGAUAUGGCGGAGAAAAAGAUAGAGAAAAAACUUACCAAUUAUGAUCUUAAUAACAUUGAUAAUUUACCUGAAACGCCAAAAGAUCAUUUAAUUGAGAAAGAAGUGAGAAAACUUUCUUAG